AUGUCUCGAGAAACGACGAAAAAUAAUCGCAAACGUCGUUUUAUCCGCUUUUUUUUGUCGUUACUUUUUGUUGGAAUAACAUUGUGCAGAGAAUUAUUGUGUGUAACACCGAAGUCAUCCUGCGAGUUCGAGGAAACAAGACAUUGGAUAAAUCCGACAUUUUUGAGUAAUCCAAUAAUCGCGGAAUGA